CUCUGUGUGUGUCUCUCUCCUACUCUGAGACAGAGUCAGAACUCUUCUCCCUGACAGCCACAAACAUCUACAGCACUUACUGCAUUCAGAGGGGGAACCUGCAAACAAAACUUCACAGAAAACUUUCUAUUCUUGUUCCAGAGAAUUUGCUGAAGAGGCGAGGGGAAAAAAACAAACAUACAAACAAACAACAAAAAACCUGUGUGUGAAGAGAGAGGAAAAGCAGGGCCUUUUAAAAAGGGAAUCACAACAACUUUUGCUGCCAGGAUGCCUUUGCUUUUGAAGAGAGGAUUUUUGUUGGUGCUUUGCUGGAUUAUAGCGAGGAGUUCUCCAACCCCAGGGUCUGAGGGGCACAGUUCAGUUACUGACUGCCCAUCGUGUGCCCUUGCCACACUCUCAAAGGAUGUGCCAAGCUCACAGCCUGAGAUGGUGGAAGCAGUAAAGAAGCACAUACUGAACAUGUUGCACUUGAGGGACAGACCUAACAUCACCCAGCCGGUGCCCAAGGCAGCACUUUUAAACGCCAUAAAAAAACUCCACGUAGGAAAGGUGGGAGAGGAUGGCUAUGUGGAAAUAGAGGAUGACAUUGGAAGAAGAGCAGAAAUGAAUGAACUUGUAGAGCAAACUUCAGAAAUCAUCACAUUUGCAGAAUCAGGCACGGCUAAAAAAAUGCUGCACUUUGAGAUUUCCAAGGAAGGCAGUGACCUCUCGGUAGUGCAGCGUGCUGAAGUGUGGCUCUUCCUGAAAGUCUCCAAGGCUAACCGAAGCAGAACAAAAGUGACCAUCCGACUGUACCAACAGCAGAGACAGCCCAAAGGCAACUCUGAAGGGGCAGAAGAAAUGGAGGAUGGAGGGCUGAAGGGUGAUAAAAGUGAGACUCUCAUCUCUGAAAAGGCGGUGGACACCCGUAAAAGUACCUGGCACAUCUUUCCUGUCUCCAGUAGUGUGCAAUACCUGUUGGACCAAGGCAAGAGCUCCCUUGAUGUAAGGAUUGCCUGUGACCAAUGCCAGGAGACUGGAGCUAGCCUGGUGCUGCUGGGCAAGAAGAAGAAAAAAGAAGAUGAUGGGGAAGGGAAAGAGAAGGAAGUUGGAGAAUCCACAGUAGAAGAGGAGAAAGAGCAGUCACACAGACCUUUCCUAGUGAUGCUUGCCCGGCAUUCAGAUGACCGCCUGCACAGACGACGGAGACGGGGCCUGGAGUGUGACGGCAAGGUCAACAUCUGCUGCAAGAAGCAGUUCUUCGUCAGCUUCAAGGACAUUGGAUGGAGUGACUGGAUCAUUGCUCCCACAGGUUACCAUGCCAACUACUGUGAAGGUGAGUGCCCCAGCCACAUAGCGGGCACAUCUGGUUCAUCAUUAUCCUUCCACUCCACGGUCAUCAACCAUUACCGCAUGAGGGGCCACAGCCCCUUCUCCAACCUCAAGUCAUGUUGUGUGCCCACCAAGCUACGACCAAUGUCCAUGCUAUACUAUGACGAUGGACAGAACAUCAUCAAGAAGGACAUUCAGAAUAUGAUUGUGGAGGAGUGUGGCUGCUCAUAGACACACACUCACACCAAGGGCCUGCUGUCUGUGUGGAAAAUUGAAAAGAAGCUGCAGUAGAGGAAAGACCCGACUUUGGUUUAAUCUUUCCAAAUGAAACAAUUAAAAAAAAAAAAAAAAGACAA